UUAGGAAUAAUGGAAUGUUUAUCCUGUCAGAAAUGCUUUCUCAGGCUUCUAAUUUGAUUCAUCUUCUGUAACUUUAUUACUUUAUUAUAGUUGACUUGAGUGCUGGUCAAAAUUAUUAGCCAUAAAAAUGGAGGAUGAUUGGCAAACUCAAAAAUCGUGUAUACGUGAACGAGCUGAGGUGUUAUUUUCAACUAAGGAUCUAAGUGAUUGUGAAUUUUUAGUGGGAACUGACAAAGUAAAGAUACCUAGUCACAAAUUGUUUCUUGGAAUGGCGAGUCCAGUUUUCUAUGCAAUGUUUUAUGGAGAGAUGGCCGAAAAGAGCUCUAUUGAAAUCAAAGACAUCGAGCCUGAUGCAUUCAGAGGCAUGCUGCAGUACAUUUACUCAGACAAAGUGGACUUUGAGUCAUGUACGCACGCCUGUACAGUCUACUCAGCCGCUAUGAAGUAUCUUCUGCCUUACCUUGAAGAAUAUUGCAUCAAAUACUUAAGAGAAAAUAUAACAGCCAAUUCUGCCUGUGAACUGUACGAGUUUUCUUUAUUUCAUGAUAUUACCGACAUCAAGGAAAUGUGUUUGCAGGUUUUCCAAGACAACACCUCUGAGGUUUUGAAAAGUGCCGGUUUCUUAGAGUGUGAAUUUUCCACAGUGUUAAAAAUAUUUGAACAGAAUAAACUGGAACUGGAUACAGAAUUACAGCUUUUUCAAGGGCUCCAGGAUUGGACAGAAGCAGAGGCUGCGAGACUUGGAGUGUCCGUUGAAUCCCUCGCCAUGUCUGUUACUGAGGCUCUCUCCAAGAUCAUGUUCCUGAUGAUGACAGCUGAAGAGUUCACCAGUGGUCCGGCUCUCUCCCCUCUACUCACAUCCGAGGAGAAACUCGCCAUUGCCAUGAACAUCACCAAACCUGGCGUGAUUGGGAUUCCAGAGCGUAUCAACAAGUCCACAGAGCCCCGUAGGCCACUGUCCCCCAUGCUGCCCCCUACAGUACCCCCCAUAGAGUGGAGUUUGGUCAGGGAAGUGUCAGACACCAUUGUCUACCCUAUCACUCGGUGGGUCAACCCCUUCCCUCGGAAAGGUCUCACUGUCUCUAGGAACAUCAGGUUGAAAGGAGUCAAGAUUGCUUCCCAGAGGGUUUCGACCAGCGGAGAGUGCAGCCUAACCUACAAGGAGAACGUAACGAUAGUUCUCAAGAAGGAUUGGGCCGUAAAGUUCUCUGGAGCAAAGUACAUGCUGGACACUCCGUACAACGACUCGUUCACUGUGCUGUUCACCAAACCUGUGCUGAUAGAGGUAGGCAAAAAGUAUUGGAUCAUCAUACAGUUUGACAAGAACGGCGACUACCAAUUCAUGAGAGACGUCAACAGUGUUUACAAUCUAAACAACAUCAGGGUCGAACUUUACGAAGAAUUCUCCCCAAUUACGGAGUACUUGUUUUGUGAUAAGCCCGAGGAGUAAUCAUAUUUAUUUACAUAGGUACAUUUAUUUUUUUUAAUAGUUGUACAGUCAUGAAUCCUAUAUUUUUACUGGUUAGUUGAUUUUGAUAUUGAUUUUGUGGAUUAAGUGUCACUUGAUUAUUGCCGUCCAAUUAAUUUUGAGUGUAGACCUUUUAUAACUUUGUUUGACUGUAUGUGAUUCAAUUUGACUAAAAUAGCUGGAUACCUAAAAUUGCCAUAUACAGGUAUUUAUAAAAACCGAAAUUUCAGGCUUCAACUAAUUUAUUGAACUCUCUUGAGUGUCUGUUUUACGAGUAAUUCUGUAAAAACACAAGAGUAAAACAAUCUAUUGUUUGAAAAUCAAAAUUAAAUUGACAUUAAGUUAAGUUAAAAACUAUAAUGUAAGGAAAAGCCAAUUGUACUGAAAAAUAUGAUUCCUUUCAACAUUUAUCUGGUGCUAAAAAACGGGCGGGGUUUGUAAGUAAGAAUGGCUUUGUCGUAUGGAUCCGUAGUAUGCUUGUACACCGCAACGAGUCUCGUCGCCACUUACUGGCAUCAUUUGUGAACAAUAUGAUGCAAUUUGCAGCUCUGUAGCUUUACUGUGUGUUCUUAAGGUUUUUUGGAUUAUCAAAAUUCUCCCGCCGUGUCCAAGAUAAGGUCAAUGAUACUUUUUUGACCACAAGAAACAUAUACGAUGCUGAAAUCCAACAUCAGAUGACUUAAGUUUAUGACCCUAAUGCAAUGAUAGGGAUAAAAUGUAGAAACAGGCUUGGGAGUUAAAAAUGGCAGUGAAAAUGUUCAUUUCAGAAGGAAUUGUGUUUUUGGCGGAUACCUAGACUUCUCACAGAAGACGAGAAAGGAAAAUGGGUAUCUCGGCAAUUUUUACACUCCAUAACACAUUUCCCUACUUUACCCUCACUCAUUGCAUUAGGGACAAAGACUUCAGUCAUCUGGCAAUGAAUGUCGGCAUCAGAUAUGUUUCUUGUGAUCAAAAAUCGUAUCACUGAUCUUAUCUCGCACACGGCGGGAGAUUCAAUAAAAAGCUUUAAAACACACGGUGAUGCAUACAAGUCUGUUUCAGAGCUACAAAUUGUGUCAUUUUGUUCACAAAUGAUGCCAGUAAGUGGCGAGGAGCCUCGUUGUGACGUACAAGCAAACUAUGGAUUCAUACGACAAAAUGGCCGCUACUUAAAAAAACCGCUCUUUUUACUUCAAAAAUUUGUCCACGCUACAUUUUUUACUAAAAUGAUUUUUUUAUAACUAAAACAGUUUUACAGCUCGUGACACCUAAGCUGGCACUUGGAUAGCGUGGGCAGUGUAGGUGGGAGGAGGGUAGAGGUAGGAAAAAGACCGGACUGCAAACAUUUCCGCUGCCUCAGGGGGUUGACUUCCCUUGUAUUGUGUACUUGAGCGCCUUCAUAUGGGUAGCGAGGACAGUUGAUGCAACCCGCAUGACUGGACAUAAUGUUUUUGAAUUAGGUACUAGUGGUGAUCGGCCAAGUGCCAGCUUAGAUGUCACGAGCUGUAAUAGGAAACAUAAUCCAUGUUUUGCACAAUCUCCCCCAGCAGGGCUAAGAUUGGUCAUUGAUUAAUGAUUAUUGAUAAGAGGGAUUGUUUACGAUACAAUUUAUGGCCUAUUGACUAGAACAAAAGAAUUAGACACCUGAAAAAUGGUUAAUUUAUAUGACUAGAAUGAAUGGUUGUAUUUAUAACACUGAAAUAAAUUUAUUUUACAUUACUGUCAUUAUAAAUGGCUGAUCCAGCCAGUUAGACAACAGAUGAGUCUAGUCUACAGUUCCAUCUGGACGCCAAUGCCCAUGUGCCCCCCUCGCUUACCCAAAAAUUGACUUUUUAGACAACAGCAAAUUUAAAUGUAAGAAUUUAGAUUUUGUAAAAGAUGCCAUAAAAUAUAUUAGGCCUAUAUAUAAGGAAGAUUUAUGUAUAACAUACAAUAUACCAACCUGUUACUGUAAUUAAGGCUGUGUAAUAUGAUCUGGUUUACAACCUCUUUUUAUUAGACUAGCUAGAGACACAUUUAAUUUAAAUAAGUUUGUGUUUUGUCUAAUUUUUAACUGAUUGUUUAGUUAGAUAUCAUAUAUGUACAUUAUUUAUUCCAUUGUAAGGAAAUCAAAUC